AGAUAUAAAAUGAGUGUGGGGAGUACGCGGGGCGGCCGCGGGGGCAGUUACAUCUAUCAUCGGGGCUGGGAGAGAGAGAGAGAGAGAGUCUCUGCCGUUGCAGUUGGGGAGUAAUCUACGGAGACAUUCCUUCUUCCAGCAGUCUUCCUGCGUGAUGGAGACGAGAACGGUUCGUGUAUCAAACCUUUCUGCGUUAGCAGAAGAACGGGAGAUUCACGAGUUCUUCUCAUUUUCGGGCGAGAUAGAACACCUUGAGCUUCUUAGAGAUGUAGGAGAAACCAAAGUUGCAUUUGUUACAUUUAAGGAGCCCAGAGCCCUUGAGAUCGCAUUGGAGUUGUCUGGCGCAACAAUAAUAGACCAGAUUGUGAGAAUAACGCCAGUGGAGAAUUAUUUACCUCAUGCGGAGGAUAGAAGUCCUGCCCUUGCACCUGCUCCAGCAGCCCCAACAUCUCCUUCCAACAAUGCUCGUAUAUAUGUGAGUAAAGCACAAGAUGUUGUUACAACCGUGCUGGCUAAAGGUUCUGCUAUACGGCAGGAUGCUGUCAAUAAAGCCAAGGCCUUUGAUGAGAAACAUCGUUUAACCGCCAAUGCAUCCGCAAAAGUCAUUGCUUUUGAUCGGCGUGUUGGUUUGACCGAGAAGCUAAAUGUUGGCAUCUCAGUUGUUAAUGAAAAGGUGAAGUCAGUGGAUCAAAGAUUGCAUGUAUCAGACAAGACAAUGGCAGCUUUGCUGGUAGCAGAAAGGAAGUUGAACGACACAGGCACUGCUGUUAAAAGUAGCAGGUAUGUGACUGUAGGAGCUUCCUGGCUAAACGGUGCUUUCAGCAAGGUUGCAAAGGCUGGGCAAGUUGCAAGCAUGAAAACGAGAGAGAAGUUUCAGCUAGCGGUUACCAAUUUAACUGCGAAGGAGUCGGUGAUAAGUGCGUGACGUUGACGGCCAGCAGUAUCUAGAUAUGGACGCUGUUGGUGUUGGCGAGGUGUGAGGACACUCCCCUCUCCCCUCCCAUUUGGUUCAGUCAGCGACAAGAAAGAGAAUAUGUUAUGUGUCGCUUGCUUCUGUCAAAACACGAAGCUCUUCUAUCCCUGGGAAACAAGUGCAGUGUGCAGUCUCUCUCUCCCUCGCUCUCUCUCUUGCUUGGAAGGGUGUGCAAGUGUAUGUAAUUCGUUAUUGUUUAUCAUGAUUUCAAUUAGAAUAUUAUUAGUGAUUGGCAUUUUUUUGGUUAUAGAGAACUAAACUUUGGCUGCUUGUAUUUUAAGGAAGUCAUUGAACAGUCUUGGAAUUCAGCAACAAGGUUUCCAUGAUGUCAA